AUGUGCAGAGCCGAAGCCCACAAAAUCUAUGCCCAGAAACCCAUAUUUGAUGCACUUGGAGUUCAACUAUUUACAGUUCUUCACGAGCACAUUGACACAGAGGUAAAGGAUUUCUGGCCCCGAUAUUGGGGUGGCAUUGUAAUCUAUGAUGCGGGAAUGGAAUUUUUCAAAGCUCUGGGUGGAGGGAAGCUGCUCAAGGACAAGUUCAUAUCCGGAUUUCUGUUCAAUCCUCGAGCUAUUGCAAAUUACAAACGUGCAAAAGCUACAGGAGCGGAGCAAAACUUCAAAGGAGAAGGUGAAACAAAAGGUGGUCUCUUUAUAAUUGGCAGAGGGAGGAGUGGAAUAGCAUACCAGUUUAUAGAAAGGAAUUUUGGAGAUUGGGCGCCUCUCGCUGAAGUCAUUGAGAUUUGUUCUCGGCUGCAGAACCAGCAACAAAAUAUGGAGCCCAUCAGAUCAUCACAAGAAUAUGAAAUGGAUAUUUCUUCUAUCAGUCUAGCCAUUUGUUCCAGAAGAAUGCGGCAAGGAGGAGAUAUUAAGCAAGGGUCCUACCCACUGAUGGGAGGUCUGCAAAGAGUGACAUCCAAAGUUAUAAGCAGUGGCAUCCAAGCCGUGAACAGACCUGAUGCUCACCUCCCCCCAAGGGCUCGGGCCUUGGUAAGGAGGCAGUCAAGCUAG